AGCCCGGCACCUGCUCCAACAUGGCACCCAAAAAAGGAGGAUGGACGCGCAAGAAGUCGGAGAAGCCGUCGAGGAGAGACGACGCCUCGGGUGGUGAGGGUGCCUCGACCGUCAGCGAGGGCGGCACCCGAUACGCGGCGGGGAGCAGCGCUGAAGAGGGCGUCAUGGGCCUCACCCAGGUCGACCCGUCGCCGUUUGAAGACACCCCGUCCGACUACAAGGGCAGAGGCUACUUCCCCGACACCGACCGCAAGGGCAAGGACCGCGAGAGGGAGCGCCGGAGCAGACACAGCAGCGACGACAGAGAGAAGGGCCGCUCGAGCAAGCGGACAAGCGGCCUGGGUCUGAGGCUGGGCGACCACGGCACCGUGUGGUGGUUGACUCGCAUCCAAAAAUACUCGUCCUACGCCUUCACCGCCUUCGUCGGCCUGCACGUCGCAAACACAUCGCUCAUCCCCCUCGCCACGCGCUCCGCCCUCGAAUCAAACCGCUACCUCCUCCUAACCCGCCCCUACUACCAGUCCGCCUACGCCGAGCCACUCGUCAUCGGCCUCCCCCUCGUCGCCCACAUAACCUCCGGCAUCGCCCUACGCCUCUACCGCCGCCGCGAAGCCCUGCGCAAGUACGGCGCCGAGACACGCACCGACAAGCGCCGCAUUCCCUGGCCAUCCGUAAGCGGCACCUCAGCACUGGGUUACGCCUUAGUCCCGCUCGCCGCCUUCCACGCCUGGACCACGCGCCUCCUCCCGCUCUACCAGCACGGCGACUCGUCCCUCAUCAAUCUGAGCUACAUCAGCCACGCCUCCGCUAUCCACCCUUACAUCUCCUUCACUGGCUUCUCCGCACUCGUCGGCAUCGGCGCAUGGCAUUUCGUCUGGGGGGCGGCGAAGUGGAUGGGCUUCUCCCCCGCGCAGGUCAGGUCCUCGGAUCCUCAGAAAUACCUCAUUCGUAAGCGCAGGUGGUACGGUAUUAACUUUGUCUCUGCGCUUGUGGCGGGGCUGUGGUUGGCGGGCGGACUUGGCAUUGUGGGCAGGCAGGGUAAGGUGCAGGGAUGGGUUGGUAAGGAGUAUGAUGGUCUGCUGGGGUCGAUCAAGUCGAUUGGGACGAGGUGGAUGAAGUGAAUGUGAUGUGAUAUGAAUCUGAAUGAGAAUGAGAAUGAACAAAUAGG